CUCUGCUUACGCAUUUUUUCCACUGAAUAAUGAACAGGGCUUUAAUGCGAAUGGCAGCGGAUUACGUGCGUCGAGCCGAUCGUUAUGUCAGCGGCGUUGCGGUUUCUGCUUAUGACAGCGAUUAUCGUAGCGCUGCGUUUAAUUACCACCGGCCAACCACCGGGUGUGCCGUUGCUGCGGCUGUAUCAUUAGAUAUUUUUAACAACGAACCAAAGUGUUUUCGCGCUCGUACACGUCUACUUUACGACGGUAAAUACCUCCAUCCGCUUCAUUAAUCUUAGACUCGCGAUGCCGAUGUCGUUUACUCCCGACUGGUCCGUCCAUGUUCUGUAUUUAUCCACUGUGUAACUGCCACCAACAAUUUUCGCUGAUAGGCGAGAUACUUAAUCGCCAGCAACGUCUCUUUCCGUUUUCAAGGGAUGCGUUCUGCGAUUCAAAGAGCCGCAUUCACCCAUCCACGACCCUCCCCCUCCUUCGGCCCGUUAAUCAUCUGGAACUUUGUUCCGGCGGAAUUCGCGAGUGUGUCGCGAAUGUGACUCACACACAUCGACACGACCCACAUCCGUUUUCGCGCCGUGACACCUUUGCAGCCGGAGAGUUUUGUCCGGAAUAGCGUUAUCGCUCGUAAAGAUAGUAGACCACAGUAGAGGAAUUCCUUCUUCUCCCGGCCGGUGCGCGGCGAGGCUGCUGCGGAAGGAUACGUAGGUGGUUAUCGCAGGAGCUGGUGGGGUAUCAGGAGACCAGGCGGCGGCUGUAGCGCGAGAAUGGCAAGGAGAAAGGGAGAAAGAGAGUCCAGGCGGAUCAGGCGAACGCGAGCGAACGCAAGGGAGAAGAGGGAAGCGCGGCUGAAAGCAACACAGGCAGAAGAAACGAGACGGAGAAAGGGAGGAAGAGAAGAGGGAAAGAGAGAGAGUGACUCAUGGUGGGGUUGUUGGUACCAGCAGCUGGAGCACGUGGGGCCAGCGUCUCGUUCGGUAGUGCUCUCUCUCCCAGUAGUGCUCUCAGCUGCCCGUGGAGGACCUCGCACCGGAUGUCCGUCGUGUCCUACGCGGACUCAGCGCGUUCUUCGAGAAUGUGACCGGCCCGUUCGUUGUCGCCAGGACAUCGCGCGAUCGUCCCGAGAACCUCUCUCGAGCUCCGGAGGUACCAGAGAGAAAAAAGAACCAGAGACUGAGUGACCUGAAUGAUGGCCCUGAAGAUACUGCUGACGUGUUGGUUCAUCGCUAACACGGCGUGUCCGGCCCUAUCGUCGCCGGAGGAUCAUCAUCGAGUACCCUCGCGCAGCGACCACAGGGUCGUAUGGCCGGCCUGGUACCGCGACAGACUGCUGCAUGCCAGACACGACCGCUCAGGCGACGGCCGCGUUGCUCCGGAGACAACCACCUCGAGAAGCCCAUGGACGUCGAGAGCACAGGUGACCGCGACUAGGUCGCCGUCCCCGCAGCAGCCGGACUCAUGGCAUCAUCAUAUGGAGCAACGGACACUGGAGCACAAUUUCAGCGGCGCCGUGGCGAUGACGGAGCACGGUGGCACGAGGGCGAUAGCGUACGCGGGUUAUCACGGUAAUCACCGGCAUCAACCGGCGGAGGUCGUCACGCAAAGUUAUCAGCUGAUCCCGACCACGGCCCCCACGUACACGAGACAUCAUCCGGGGAGGCGAGUCUGCACCAGGCAAGCGACUUCUCAUCAUCAUCGAGGAAGACAAAUUAGGUUAAUCCUCGGUUACACCGAGCUGACCUCCGGUUUCAUUUGCUGCCCGGGAUGGUCGCAAAUCACUCAUCUAAGUUCCGGUUGUAACAAACCUACGUGUUCGGCGCCGUGCCUGAACGGUGGAAUUUGCACGUCGCCCAGUAAGUGCACGUGUCCCAAGGGUUACACCGGCAAUCAGUGCCAAACAGAUAUAGACGAGUGCGCGAUAGAAAAACCGUGCGGUCAACUUUGCACGAAUUUACCUGGCAGCUAUCGAUGCCACUGCAGAGUUGGCUUUCAAUUGCAGCAAGACGGCCAAUCGUGUUGGAGGAACGACACCGACACCGAGAACGCGUUUGAGGCGCGCGACUUGGAGAACGAUUUUCAAGACGAUGUGUCAACAACGAGAGGUCCAACGACUUCUUUUCAUGAUACAGAAAACGAGGUGGGCGACGAUGUUCACGACUACGAGAUCAUCUUGAAGAGACUGACCAAAUUGGAAAAGCAAGUGGCUAGGAGCAGGAAGAGGGACACGGAAACUUCAGAGAUGAACACCAAGGUCACGCUAGCCGUCGAGAGCGUCAACGAGAUGAGGAGAACCGUCGAGAACGUGCAACUGAUGCAACAGGAAGUAUACGACAUGAGAAGCAAGAUGAAGCAGUACGAGGCGGAAAUGAGGAAGAUACAACAUCUGAUGAACCGCGUUGCAGAACUUGAGAAUCGCUUGAGAAUACGUUGCAGAUCGACGUUGCCAAUUAGCGGCUCGUUGAAUUUUUAGGGUCACGCGGUAAUUACGAUCGAUUUUUGAUACUGACAGCAGGUAGUAGGUAGGUAAUACCAUCUGCUAUCCUGCUCUGUACUAUGGUAGUAGAUUGUCGGGUGUUACUGCUACUAUUCUCCCACUUAGUAUUAAUAGUAUAUAAUGAUAGUAUUACUCUUAUUAUUAAUUUUGUCGGAAUGUUACAAGUGAAUAACGACUUUUUGAAGUCUGCAUUCUUAACUUGCGAUAAAUAACGUCGCUCUUAGAAAUGUGCAAAUAAACAGAUGUUACAUAUAUUCGUCUGGAUAUUUUCGAGUUAAACAUCGUCUUAAUCUCAAAGUACUGACGUAAUUCUGGCCAUAGGAUUUACGAGAAAUUCUUGAUGUGAAAUAGCACUGUUGCUAUUAUUUAAUGUUUAUUACAUUUCAAGCUCGUAAUAUAGUAGUAAUUGAAUUGUCGAGUGCUAGGAGAAAGAGAAUCGUCAUAAAAAUACAAAUUUUGAGAAAAAAAGCGCGAUAAGGCUCGUUGCGACGAUAUAAGAGGAGUGUAAUCGUGUUCCUUGGCACUCUAACAGUUAACUGUAUGUGACUAUUUGUAUUCAAUACUAUUUCUAGUAGAACUAUUUGUACCAAUAAUAAAAC